GCAAGUGCCAAACCCGGUUUGGCAGGCUUUCGUCAUCACGGCACAGCUGCCGGGUUUCCCUGGCCCACAGAUCACCCUUUCUUACGCUGACUCCCCGCAACCUGGGCGUGCACUACCGGUCGAUCUCCGGCUGGUCGGGGGUGAUGUGCAUACAGUUGAGCUGCCGUGGCAAUGCGAUGCUUCCACUGUAUGGGCGGCCUUGCAGGAAAAGGGGGCGGACCUCCCAGGUCGCUGGCCGGAGGUCCAAAGCACGGGGUCGUUGUCCUUCUUUGACCAUCUGGGCGAGGAGAUCACCACGUGGGACCUUGCCGGUGACACUAUCCAAUGGGCAAGCCUGCGAGCCACACACGGGGAGGCGACAGACUUUGACUGGAAUACUGUCAUAGCCAGCAUGUCUACUGCCACAACAACUGCGGUAGCAACUGAGGACACAGCGGAUGCCCCACCCUCGUUGUUGGGCAUCAGGCCCUACUACGGGCCCGCCUUGGCUGCUCAGGUUCAGAUCUUUCCUCAGUACUUGGCAAACACAGCCCUCCAUGCAAUGACCGCGGCCAGCCUGCAUUUGCACGAGGGCCGCAUGCAGGCGAACAGCGACCCUAGGAGGUGCUCCCUGUUUAGCGGCAGGGACCCACUCUGCUUCCGAAAAUCCGAGGAUGACUGGACCGUCGGCCAGUACAUCUCGGAUGCCGCAACAGGCGCACAGGCAAAUGUCCGUAGUGUGCAGAUUCUCAGCCUUCUUCUACACUCCCUGCCGACCCCUCAGAUUGUUACCACCCCGCUUGACCUGCCAACCGGAUCCUCGAUGGUCCCCGUGGACGCCAGAUGCAUCGGUGGAGGCAUACAUACUGUCGCACUGGAGGCAGGCAUGCCAGCGGCUGAAAUUCUUGAGGCGCUGGCCACCCAGGAACCCCAUCUCUGGACGACGUUGCAGCACCUGACAGCCAUUGAUGCAGUGUUUCUCCAGGAUGCGACUGGCAACGUCUGGGACCACUGCCCGGAGGCACGACCAUGGUGCACCUCCACCACGGGCGCGAUGGCAGCUUAUCGCGGCGAGCACCUCGUCACUAUUGUCCUGUCCGGAGGCGGAACGGUGCUCCGUCUGGCACCUCAGAGAGUGUCACAAAUCGACGUGGCUGCCAGUCUUACAGAACUUCUGCUGGUGCUGGCGGCCCACGGGCGAUUGCCGAGAGAGCCCGUCCUCUCAAUCGCCGCCGCAAUGCCGCGCACCACAACACAGCCGCGCCAUGUCCUUGUGGGAUUCAUCGUGCAGGGUUUGGCCGAGGAAGACCAUGAAGUUAUAGUGCUCCAAGACCAGAGCCACGACGGCUCCUUGCUGACGGCUUUCACUUUGGACACUAAUGUCAUGCCCGAGCACAUGCUUGCCCCGGCCCAGACGCGCCGCGGUUUCUCCAUUGCACUGAACGGCUCGCCCUUGCAAGGUUCUCGCAGAGUCCUCCGGACGGGAGACCUCCUGCAGCUGCAGCAGGGGACCCACUCAGCACGGGUAUGGACAGCGGCUUUUGUCUUCCAGGAUGCGGCGCUACACCAGUGGUUCCCUCAUGCCAAGAGCCGCACAAUCCGCGAGGCGUUAUCCCAGGCGAUCCAGCUCCGCAUGCUGGAACAGACCCUUGAUCUGGGGGAGCCGGGACGGAACAGCCACCCCGUGCUAGUUCUGGGUCCAGGCCACGGACCCCUUCUCCUUUACAUCCCUGCGGACAGCGUGCCCGACGCACAGGAGGUCGCAAG